AUGGCAGUCUAUUACGACAUCUCGCCGCGGCGCACAGAUUACCACCAGCCCAGCAGUACCCUUGACAUCGAGUUUGAGGACUUGUUUUGUCGCCAACCAGUCCCGCCUGAACACAACAUUCUUGAACUAUCACCUGAUCGGUUGGGACGUAUCUCAAGCCGCGUCUGGACGGAGGGAGGUCUAUAUGUCAGGCUUGUCAAGUUGCUGGAUGGUUAA